AUGAAAAGCUUGAGCAUCGUUAUCAGUCCAAGUACUCUUUCCCUUGUCUGAUGGCGAGACCAGUGGAAAAACAAGAACGGAUGGAUGGAAAUCCAACCACAUCAUACUUUGUUCGCAAUUUGCAUACAGCAAAUAUCGACGAAUUUAUGGCUUCACCAACUGAGUACUAUUUAUUUGCCCAAUUGAUUAGAGCAAAUUCGUUUCGAUUGGGCACCCUCCCUACACUGUACUGAUAAGCCGCCGAUGAGAGGGCAGAAAAGUACCAGUAAGUACCCUUCCGGGAACUGGAUUUAAUACAGUAUUUACGCUGGAUUCGAACGGAUGUGAUCUUUUAGUUCGACCAAUCGGGAGGUGCGCUGGAUGCAUUUUAUAAAGAGUUCCAAAUCGUUCGACGUGAACGUCCGACCUGUUGAAACGAGCAGGAAGAGGAAACCGAAAUUGGACUGUAAAAUGAAACGGAAGCGUUGUAUGCCGGCGAUGUUUUGUGUAAUUUGCUUUUCCAUCUUGAUUGCCUGGGUCAUGGGCGAUAUUUUCCGGCAGCAGACGUCGGAUGGCGUUGAGGAAGCGGGGGAUGCGAAUGAUACCAUGCCGGAAGGUGUAAUGAUUCAGUAUGAGGAUGGGCAAGCAACGGCUCGAAAUGUUGACCCAAACAUGGGAACUGAAAACUCGUGUGCGCUGACUGGCGAGUGCCGAAUACUUUGCAAAGUGAUAGACGUGGAAGUGAUGUCACAGAAAAUCCAGAAAGUUUUAGAGGACCUGCUCUGCAACGACAUAACUAUCAUCAUCGAAAGUCUGUACAUAGAGGAUGAAACGCUCUCGGUCAGUUGGUUGGAUCUGGACGUGGACAUCAACAUCGACCAACUGGAACUGAAAGCCUCCGAAAUAAAGGAAAUUGAACCGGGAUCGUUUGAUGCUGGUUGCCUGUACGGAACUUCCAGCUUAACUUUGGAAUCGUUGAAAGUCAGCCACUUGGUGGGAUAUGCAUUCGUGGGUUUAUCCCAACUUAAAACACUAACACUGAAAAAUCUCCCCCUGCAAGUCGUAGACCCGUACAUUCUUGCUCCGAUGAUGUUUUCUUUGACAAAGCUGCAGGUGGACGGUUGUUUGGACUCGGUGAAUCCUGCACCUUUCACAGGCACCUUGAAAAUGCACAAUUUAGCGGUUGUUUCGUUUGAGCGAAAUGCUUUCGCGGAUGUCUUGAAUAGCGAUAGCUUCGCAAUGCUACCGAAAUUAUCUAUUCUGUAUUUGAAGAACUCACAAAUCAAUAAACUACGCAAAGGCGUAAUCAAAAGUAUUAGCUCAUCAGUUAAACAAAUUCACUUGGAAGGUAACAAGCUCGAAAGGAUAGAGGAUGGCGUAUUUGAUAGUAUACUGGAAAAUGACGUUAAAAUUUAUUUAAAUAAUAAUUCACUUGUGUGCGAUUGCGAUUUAAGUUAUUUACAGGAAUUACUUCAGUUGCAUCCAGAUAUGUUUGAUGAGAUUAGAUGUGAAAAACCAGAAGAAUUAGCGGGUGCAUUUUUAACAUCCGUUUUACUUUGCGAUAUAAUAGUUCCAGAUCCACCUGAUAUAAAUGGAACCACACCAACAACAGAUUUUACCACUGUUACUAAACCACUCCAUUCAACAACAGAUGCAACUAGUCAAACCGAAACAAGUGUUAAACAAACCAUCAUUCCAACAACGGAUCCACAAACUACAUAUCCUUCGAAUCCUACCAGACCGCCGUACUCAUCUUCUACUCCACCGGAAUCAACUGUUCCAGAUUAUACUUUUUCCACGACUGAUCAUCCGCCGACCCCACCAUCACCACCACCACCUUUGCCAUCCACCACGACGACUAGUUUACCUACGACUGAUGGAAAUUUGUACGCUCUGCAGUGUUUAUCGACGGCUGUGACUUCGGAGGCCUCUGUCACUGUUGUCCAAGCAUCAGAAAUCAACAUUCACAGACGAUCAAAGACAUUUAUGGUUUCAGACGCACAGGAAGGAGCCGUGCAAGUACAGCUCGAUCAAUUCUACUACGACUCGUUCAUUCUUUGGUUCUACGACACAGCUUCGAGUUCCAUGUUUCCGCUGAACAUCGAGGAUGGCGCAAAUUGUGCCGAAAUCAGUGGACGUUCCAUUCGUAUCACGAAUCUUAUUCCGGAUAAGAAUUAUAUAUUCUGCAUAAUUUUAUUGGCCGAAAAAGACGUUUCACCAUUCGAUUGUUUGCCACACAAACUACUGCCGUCCUACGGUCAGCGAACCUGGCUAACGGAGGAUCAGCAAAUUAUCGUGAUUAGUAUUUUGAUUUCUUCCAUAUUGAUAUCCGUUUUAACAGGGAUCAUGGCCACAUAUUGUUUCGUGAAUAGUUUCACCACGUAUAAGAAAGCUUGCCGCAAUAUGUCGACGGAUCGACGAUUGGACAAAAGCGCCACUAAUCAAUGCUACAUGACGCCAGCCGCACCCGAACAAUCAGAAAGACCACGUCACAAACGCAGCGUUUCCGAUACCAGCGUUGAAAGUUGCCGUAGCUAUGUAUCGGCCGUUGUGCCCGCCACUCAGUUCCAGUACAUUUCCUGGAAGAUGGAAAACCGUUCACGCCCCUCGAUGGAGUACUACCCGAAGGACCCUCCGCCGCCACCGCUACCUCCGCAUCCGAGCAAGCGACUGAAGAAGCAAAAGUCAGAGAUUAAAAUCAACUUUCAGGAAAUUUACGACGAACCCACCAGCACCAGCUACACUUCCUGUCCGCCGAUGAAGAUGCCAUCGGGAAAACACUAGAAGCUGUUUUUGUCUGUUUCCGGUGUUGUAUUGAUUUUCUGGACGGUUGUUUUGAUGUUUUGGCAGAUCUUAUUAUCUGGGGUUGGGCCACAAAAGUUCAGAAAAAGUUUAGUAUGUUGAAAAGGUCGCGCCUUAAAGUUUAGUUGAGUUUUACUAGUCGUGUACAUGACAUUUGAAAGGUUCAAAAGGUUCAGGAAUAUUGUGAAUGGUUAACGUGGGUUUCCUCUUUGUAAGAGGUAAACAUCGGCCGAAGUGAUUGUCAUUGAUGGUAUUUUAGCUCAUUUUUUCCAGAUGGAGGCUUAUAAUAUGUUCUAUGAAAUCCGCUAAAUUAUUGAAAAUUUUGUUACACUGGCAGGGGUAAUGAAUUGAAUCGUAUUGUAGUCAGUUACUUAACAAUUCAAUAAAUUAUUUACAAAUUGGGUCGUUUGAUUUUUGAUGCUAGUCGUUAAUUACAUGCAACAGUGUUUAUUAGUCGCUUUAGCCUUAGGAUAAAAUUUAAUUGAGAAACCAUUAUCAUUUUCUUCCAAUUUAUAAUGUAAAGUCGUUUUGAAAACUAGGCAACAUAGUGAAUUUUUGUUCUGGGUUGUACUAAAAUUAAUGUACAA